AUGGGUGAAAUUGUAUUGUCUGUAGCUUCGAGUGGAAUUGCUUCUCUCCUCCUUCCACGGGGAAGAACGACGCAUUCGAGAUUUGGUAUCCCUUUGAAUGUAACUGAGAAUUCUACAUGUGCCGGAAUUCGUCCUCGGUUGGAUUCAGCUGAUCUUCUUAUCAAGACAAAACAUAUUAUAUGGGAUGAAGCGCCCAUGAUGCAUAAGUACGGUUUUGAAGCACUUGAUAGAAGUUUUAGGGACAUAAUGAGGUUAGUUGAUAGGAGAAACAUGCAUCGACCAUUUGGGGAUAAAGUUAUGGUGUUUGGUGGUGAUCUACGUCAGAUAUUACUAGUUGUACCAAAGGGAACGAGAAUUUUGGCGCCUACGAAUGAGAUGGUGGAGAUAGUCAAUGAUCAUGUUCUAUCUACCAUUCACGGAGAAGAGAAAGUGUAUUUAAGUUCGGACGCGAUAAGCAAAGAAGAGGGUAACUUCGGAGUACAUGAAAUGUACUCCACUGAAUUCCUCAAUACGAUAAGAUGCUCUGGUCUCCCGAAUCAUAGCAUACGAUUAAAGGUUGGUGCGCCAGUUAUGCUACUAAGGAAUAUUGAUCAAACAUCUGGGUUAUGUAAUGGCAUAAGGUUAGUCGUUAAACAUUUAGGCAAUCGUGUUAUUAAAGCAACUGUUAUUUCUGGAAGUAAUGUCGGAGAAAAGGUAUUUAUCCCAAGAAUGACACUCACCCCGUCUGACUCGACUAAAUUUCCUAUCAGAUUUCAGAGACGUCAGUUUCCUUUAAUGGUUUGUUUUGCUAUGACUAUCAAUAAAAGUCAAGGACAAUCAUUGUCCCAUGUAGGUCUGUAUCUCCCGAGACCUGUUUUCAGCCAGGGUCAAUUUUAUGUUGUCGUGUCCAGAGUUACCAGCAAAAAAGGUCUAAGGAUCCUCCCCUUUGAUAAAGAACACGGUGUGCGUACAAGUACAACAAAUGUAGUUUACAAGGAAGUGUUUGCAAACAUAUAG